UCUGGCGGUCGCGAGGGGCGCGGCCCGGCCCCGCAGUGCGGGAAGGGGGAGCGGGAACGGAAUUGGAAACGGGAACGGGAGCGGCGCCUGCCGGGGCGGUGGCUCUGGGCAAAAACGUGCGGCUCAGUGCACGAGAGAUUCCUGCUGCUUCACUGCACACCCCGCAGGUCCCCCUUGCCCAAGAUGGCGGUGGUUUGUGCAGGCUGCACCCGCCCCGCCGAGCUGCCCUGUGGGACCCGUGCGCUGGAAAAUGUCUGGUGCCUAAAAUACAAGGAGUUCCCGUUGUAGUCCAGGAGGGUGGUAGUAAUAAGAUGUUUCCGUUGAGGUGGAUUUAUAAAAAUCUCUAAAUCGUAUGCAUGUGACGUGAAAGGAGUACAGGCUGGAAAGGUGGUCAGUAGUUGAACGAGUCUUCCAAGAAAAUUGGGUGAACAACUGAAGUAUUACAGUUUCCAUCCCUCAUCUGUGAGCCUGCUCAUAAGAGGGAACUUGGAUCACUUCUGUCCAUCUUCCUGAGCUGUUCUGUUUUCCCAGCUGUACCUUUCUUUUCUUUGUCCAGAACAGUUGUGCUCCUACUGAACAUAUGCUGUUCUGCCUGGCUUUCUUCUGCAGUAUGACCGAGUUUUUAACAGAGUAUUCAAUGAGUGCUGCAACUUCGUUGAGAUACACAGUAAAUUCACGAUUUUUACUAGUUCUGUGUAAAUUUAUGACAAUGAACUAGCUAACAUAAGUUGUAUGUCUCCUUACUCAUGUUUCAUAAGAGUUCUGACAAAAAAACUUUUUAAAAUAUCUUGGAUUUGCUGGGGUGAGGUUACUCUAGUAUUUUGAGGGUUUGGAGGGUGUUUUGGGAUAUCCCUGUAAACAAACAAUUUGAAACUAAAUCGCGUUUGGGUAGGUAGAAAUCGUGAGAGUUGGAGAUCAAAAUCUUGCUUGUUUUACGGAAUUAUGUUUUUAGCUGCAAGUUAUCUACCGUUUUAUGAUGUGUGAAAAAUGGGCAAAAAGAAUUAAACAGUGAAGUAAGUGGCUGACAACUUCCUGCAUGAGACUUUAUAUGAAAUACCAGAUGGUGGAGGAAAGCAGGAGCUGCUGGUUGUCUGUCUCAGACCCAUCAUUACAGAUGAGAUGCAGUCACUGUAGCAGCAGCAUCCACUCCCUUCCACCUCACCUUCCCCUGUAGGCUGGUCUCUGCCUCCUUGAAGACCCUGACACGUUUCUGUUGCAAAAAGUGGAAUAUGUAAAAUUUUCUUAAGAAAGGAUAUUCUUUGAUGUUUGAUCUUGAUAAACUUUCAAGCCUGAUCAACGAGAAAGGAGAUUUAAUCCGUGAAACAGAGAGAAGCCAACAAGCUCUAAGUGAUGUCCAGGCAUUAGAAAAACACAUUACCUGUUGGUAGAACUGCCUUGUUAAGGUUUAGGACUGGACACGCUUCAAUGAUUUCAGACCUAGGGAGAGGUUAACAAAGCUUGGGAAGAAGAAUGCCCACUUACAGUGGACACAAAGAAUGGAGAAUUUACAGGCCACAGGGACAUUGGGAAGAACCCCCAAGGUGAGGAAGAAACUAAUAAAGCCAACCCAGCAACUGUGCUGAAAUCUGCUCCAAUUGGGUAAAACGUAAUUCUGCCAAGGAGUGAUCAUGACCACCAACCCAAGAAACCUAAGGACUCCGGAGAAAGAGUGAGAAUGUGGAUUAAUUAGCAUGAGAAGCAGGAGAAUCAUUAACCAGUAGAAGAUAAAAUACUAAUUAACAGGAAAACCAUGUAAUUUGUAGCCACUGAACACUAAUUCCUUUGUUUGCUAAAAUGCAUAGUAAUAUAGUGUAUAGGAAAAUAGUAAUAUAAAAUAGUAAAAAGUUUUGAUAGUUGGUGUGCUUGAUUUGUGGAAUACCACCGGGAACCCAGGCUUGCAUAACUCUGGAACAGAUAACCAGUGUCUCUUGAAUGUUUAAUUAUUGGCUUGUUGCACACCACGUAAUGAAUCUGAUUUUUGUGGGUAUUUCCCUGGUUGGCAACGCAGCAAUAGCAGGUGGAGCUGGAUUUCCCUAAGUGGUUGCUUGUUCUCUACUUAUUUUGUUCUCUUGGCAAAAUGACUUCUCUGUGGGCAGUUUUCCUUGAGAUGCAAGAAAGAGUGUGUUUUGUGGUGAAAAUAGGAGCUCCAUAAUUUUUCUUUUCUGCGGCAUUCUAAGUGUAAGCCGUGUUAAUGUGGGAGUUGAAGAUGAGUGUUGCUGCAUAGAUCUGAAGUAAUUUUGCCUGGGGGUGAUUUGUUAAAUGCUUUCAUUGAAGCACUUGGAAGCUCUCCUGAGGUUCUUUUGCAUAAGCAGAAGACUAACAUCUGCAUCUCAUCCACAGGCACAGAGUUUUGCUAAACCUCUUUAUGUUUGAGAUCCUGUGCAACUGCUACACCUACUUAUGCCAUCAGAUUACAAGCCUAUGUGUCUCUUUAGAAAGGCUAGCAAAGAAUAUUUCACCUUGCAGGGGAAGAAGUACCAGGUCUUUUGCCAUGGAAGCUGAGGAAACGAUGGAAUGUAUCCAGGAAUUCCCUGAACACUAUAAAGUUAUUUUGGAUAGACUGAAUGAACAACGUGAGCAGGACCAGUUUACAGAUAUCACCCUGAUUGUUGAUGGUCACCAUUUCAAAGCCCAUAAGGCUGUUCUUGCUGCCUGCAGCCAGUUCUUCCACAAAUUCUUCCAAGAUUUCACUCAAGAGCCUUUGGUGGAGAUUGAAGGUGUAAGUAACAUGGCAUUUCGUCACCUAAUUGAGUUCACCUACACAGCAAAACUAAUGGUCCAAGGUGAGGAAGAAGCAAAUGAUGUUUGGAAAGCAGCUGAGUAUCUACAGAUGCUAGAAGCAAUCAAAGCACUUGAAAUUAGGAACAAAGAAAAUUCAUCACUCUUAGAAUCAAAUGAAGCGCAAGGUAAAAAUAAACCAAAAAAGAGGAAGAUUGCUGAAACCUCUAAUGUUAUCACAGAAACACUGCCAUCUGCAGAAUCAGAACCUGUUGAAAUUGAGGUUGAGAUUGGAGAAGGGACGAUGAAAGUGGAAGACGACAGCAUUGAAACACUUGAAGAAGUAGCUUCUGCAGAGCAAUCCAUAAAGUACAUUCAGACAACAGGUACAUCAGAUGAAUCUGCUUUGGCUCUUUUGGCAGAUAUCACCAGCAAGUAUCGUCAAGGAGAGAGAAAAUGCCAGAUCCAAGAAGAAGGUGAUAAUGCAACUGAUCCCUCGUGCAAACAGGUAGAAGGUAUUGAAAUUGUGGAACUUCAGCUGUCACACGUGAACAAUUUAUUCCACUGUGAGAAAUGUAACCGUUCAUUUAAAUUGUUUUACCAUUUUAAGGAACACAUGAAAACACACUCUGCUGAGAAUUACAAGUGUGACAUAUGCAAUAAAAGAUACCUACGAGAGAGUGCUUUGAAACAGCACCUCACCUGUUACCACCUUGAUGAAGGUGGUGUCAGCAAGAAGCAAAGACCUGGCAAGAAAAUACAUGUAUGCCAAUACUGUGAUAAGCAGUUUGACCACUUUGGACAUUUUAAAGAGCACCUGCGGAAGCACACAGGUGAAAAACCAUUUGAAUGUCCAAACUGCCAUGAACGUUUUGCUAGGAAUAGCACACUCAAAUGUCACCUCACAGCCUGUCAGUCUGGAGCUGGAGCCAAAAAGGGAAGAAAGAAGCUCUACGAAUGUCAGGUUUGUAACAGCGUUUUUAACAGCUGGGAUCAGUUCAAAGAUCACUUGGUAAUACACACUGGUGACAAACCCAACCACUGUACCUUGUGUGAUUUGUGGUUUAUGCAAGGCAGUGAGCUGAGAAGGCAUCUCAAAGACAUGCACAAUAUUUCAGAACUACUGGUGACAGAAGAGGUUCUUCCAGUGGAAGCUAUGGAAGCUGAACCAGUAACAUCAAUGACAAUAAUAGAGCAAGUUGAGCAAGUCCAUGUCCUACCAGUAAUUCAGGUACAGGUGGAUCCUGCACAGGUAACUGUGGAACAGAUGCACCAGGAUCUCAUACAGGACAAUCAGGUCAAAGGCACACAGAUGGAGGAACUGCAGGAACAGGUGCAAAUUAGUUACUUGGAAGUUGAACACAUUCAGACUGAACAAGGUGCUGAAGUUCAUGUGGAGCAGUUACAUGUUGAGCAUGUAAAUCAAAUACAGAUGGAAGAGGUACAGGCAGAACUUAUAGAUGGAACACACCUUGAACAAGUAGAAUAUCAAAGUGUUGAUCAAGGAGAAGCAGAAGAAAAGGAACCUAAUCAAAUAGAUGAUGCGGAUAAGGAACAUCAUGAACAAGCUGAAGACUUAAAAACACAACAAUUAGUGGACAUGCAGAAUGAAAACGUGGAUGACUAGGACAAAUAAUGACACUGCAGGUUUAGGAAUGAAAUACCAAAUUAUUUUUGUUAACUUUUACAUUGGUUUUUGAACUGUCAGUUACCUUUCCAAUAUGCUGUCCAUAGGAAGCUGGACCAGUGGACCAAAAUUAGCUUUAUUCAUGUACAAUUAAACUUCUCUCAUAUGUGAAAAAUAACUUUCCCAUUCAUGUAAUGCCAUGGAACAGAAGCUACCACAGACAUGGACACCUUUGUGAGGUUUUUAGCAAUUAAUAGCUUGUAUCAUUGUUACACCAUUCCUGGGUAUAUGUAAGAGUAAUUUCACCUCUUUUCCUCUUGCAGUAGAAGCAAACUCUUGUAUAGUAUUGCAGGGUGUCUGUGGCAGGAGAAUCACUAAAAUCUGAGGGUUUCUAUUGUAAGUGGCAAUUACGUACCUGUGAAUUUUCGGAUCUUUCAGGCUGGGCUAAAAUUAGCAUUGUUGCUGGAGGUGUCUGAGCACAAAAAUCCCAUGCCUUUUCAGCACUUACUAGUUAAACUUCCCAAAAGUUUCUGGAGUUUUUGAGAAUUUAGUUCUGUAAAAGGCAAUGUAGGUAAUGUUAUAGUGCUUUAUAUUUUUGCUUAAAAUUGUCAGCUACUGGUUUUCUUUUUGCAUUAAACUUAGAGGUGGGGGGCUGAGGGAGGGAACAGAUUCCACAUGGAGGCAGCAGGACACUCUAAAAGGGACACUUAAAAAUAAAAAAACUUGGUAGAGUCUGUGGCAAAGACAAAUUGGAUAAAAGCUACUAGCAGACUCUUCUUUUAUAAGUAAUCAUUUUUGAAAAUGAAUAUGUUUAAACAUAUAGAGAUUUUUCUAUAUGGUAUCAGGUUCUUGGUUUUUUUGAAAAGAAAUUCUGACACUUGACACAAAGAUAUGCUAAACAUAAAAGUAAAAGCCAUAGGUAUGAGUGGUAAACUGUGGAUUGAAAAGUAGAAAUGUAAAUAGUUUAAUCAAUAUUAGACAAUAAAACAAUACCAACCAUUAAA